AUGGAGAUUCUGGAAAGCCCUGGUCUUGAUAUUUUCUCUGACUCGGAAACUUUCGUCGCACUUCAAGCACUAGCAUUCGUUGGCUUGAACAAUGAUCUGGAAAGGACUCCUGCGAUGGGAUGGAACCCUUAUAAUGCAUUCCUAUGCUCCACUACAGAAGAACAGUACUUGACAGCUGCAAGCAAUCUCAUUGAUACUGGGCUAAAAUCUUUAGGCUAUGAAUAUUUCAAUUUUGACUGCGGAUGGCAAGGGACAAACCGCACUGCUUCUGGCACUAUAACUUGGAAUGAAACACGCAUUCCUUCUGGAAUACCUGCUCUCGGCCAGCACGUUCACGGCCUGGGCUUCAAGUUUGGUGUUUACAGCGAUGCCGGAUAUUACUCCUGCGAUUUUGUCAAUGGUCAAGCUCACUGGAUUGGAAGCCUCGGUUAUGAACUAUCUGAUGCAAAAACGUUCACCUCGUGGGGUGCUGACUAUUUGAAGUAUGACAACUGCUACUCAGUUAGCCCAACCGAUUUUGUAGAUGAUUAUCCCCCUAUCCGCCUGGAGGUAAUCGUGUUUUCUUUUCCUUCAUCAAACAAUGCAGACUCAAGUAAAUCUAAGCCUCAUUACACAGCGAUGCGCGAUGCUCUGGCGGGAACCGGCCGACCUGUCGCGUUUUCUAUGUGUGAAUGGGGCGUACAAGAUCCCGCCCGAUGGGCCCCCGCAGUGGGAAACUCAUGGAGGAUAGCGAACGACAUAGGCCCACCUCCAUCUUGGGAUAACGUCUUCCGUAUCAUCAAUCAGGUAGUUCCUAUAACAGGCUUCGCAGGACCCGGAGCCUGGAAUGACCUCGAUCUUCUCGAAGUUGGAAACGAAGGCCUGAGCGUUGCUGAGCAAGCAAGCCAUUUUGCCUUUUGGGCUGCGGCGAAGUCUCCCCUUCUGGUGUCAACAGAUCUGACUAGUCCUGCUGAGUCCACUCUCACGAUCCUAAAAAAUACUAGGAUUAUUGCACUGAACCAAGAUCCACUCGGAACAUCAAUAACGUUCAAGAGGCGCUACACCAAUGACUAUGAUGUUUGGGCUGGUCCUUUGGCCGAUGGUUCUACCGUCGCAGUGCUGUUAAAUUGGCAAAACAGCUCGCGCUCUCUUACUUUUGAUCUUUCAGAUGUUGGCUUCGAGUCUGCGGAGGCGAUUGAUUUAUGGACUGGCGACAAUCUAGCUGCACAUGGCUCACUGGUCUUGAAACUGGCGGACGGAGCCGAAGCACCAGCGCCAUCAUUCUUCUACUAUCCUGCGGCCGCGUCUAGUAGCGUCAUAGCUGGAGGUGCUUCCACUCGCGUUGUGAACUCUACUGUAACAGUCGUUGGGUAUAUUGGUAUGGGCGGGACUUUGACAUUCACCAACGUUGAUGGGGGGACUACGGGCGGCACGAAGCUGGUUUCGCUCGAUUAUAUCAACGCAGACUACACAUUCACUAAUACGGCAUGUUCGAACUGUCGGAAUGCAUGGGUCUCUGUCAACGGAGGCGAGGCAGUACAGGUACAAAUGCCCAUUUCAGGACAGAGCUGGGACAUCAAGUUCAGCGGAUACUACGUUGGCCUCUCUGAUUUUAUUCCUGGCGCCAACAAUACAGUUGAAUUUUCGAAUCCGAACAACGCCUGGGCUCCUGACAUGCAAUUCGAGAAUUGCUACUGUCGAAACGAAUAG